UCGCCGUUGUCUAGCAGCGGCUGGAAAUCCGGUGCCGCGGCUGCAGUAGCUGAGAAGCGCUCGAAGGCCAGUGGAUCUCGGGGCAAGUAGAGAUGAGGCGCGGCCUCGUGCAGGUUAAGCGGGGGCCUGAGCGCAGAGUCCGAGCAGCGGAGGCGGCGGCGUGAGUCAUGGCUGGACAGGCAUUCCGAAAGUUUCUCCCGCUCUUUGAUAGAGUAUUGGUUGAAAGGAGUGCCGCCGAAACGGUGACCAAAGGUGGCAUCAUGCUUCCAGAAAAGGUGCAAGGGAAAGUACUGCAAGCAACGGUAGUGGCUGUGGGAUCAGGCGCGAAAGAAAAGGGCAGAGAGAUUCAACCAGUCAGCGUGAAAGUUGGAGACAAAGUUCUUCUCCCAGAGUACGGAGGCACCAAAGUCGUUCUAGACGACAAGGAUUAUUUCUUAUUUAGAGACGGUGACAUUCUUGGAAAGUACGUGGACUGAUCACUGUUGAAAUGGUGUCACGUGAAGCUGCCCAUGCCACCGACAUUCUGAGCUCUUCAUCAUGUAAAUAAUUUCCGUGCCUCCUUUUAUAAUAAACUGAUGAUGCCUGCACCGAUGACAUCGUCGUCUGCAGUUUAGUGUC